AUGGGAUUUCGCAUCAUUGCAGGCGUUGGGCUGUGCACGAUGCUUGCUUUAUUUAACUGUGUGCAGUGCACAACUACAAGGUAUGUCACCUAUGAGGAAGAUGCGCCCGGGACGGAAAUAGGGAAUUUGUCCCAAGAUUUAAAGAUCGAUCCAGCUGAUGACCCCGACACGUCGUUCCGCUUCAUGCAGGAAAACAACUCCUCUGUGAUCCAAAUGAGGGAGACUGACGGACUUCUGAGCGUCGCCGAGGUGAUCGACCGAGAGCAGCUCUGCCCCAGGUCUCCGCGGUGCUUCAUCACCUUCGACACUGUGGCCUUCUCCCAGGAAAAGUUUCAGCUCAUCCACGUGGAGAUCGAAGUGAAAGACAUCAAUGACCACGCUCCGCGUUUUCCGCGCAACGAGACGCGCCUGGAGAUCGUGGAAAACGUGCCGCUCCACUCCACGUUCCCCCUGCAGAUCGCUCUCGACCAGGACGUGGGUGAAAACUACAUCCAGAGCUACAACAUCUCCCCUUCCAGUCACUUUGCCAUUGAAGUGCGCGACCGUGAGGACGGAGUGAAGUUUGCCGAGCUGGUGCUGGUGAGGGAGCUCGACAGGGAGGUGGAGGACUCCUACUCGAUCGAAGUCACUGCUACAGACGGAGGAGCGCACGCCAAGUCCGGGUCAAUGACUGUAAACAUCGCAGUGCUGGACUUCAACGACAACAGCCCGACGUUUGAGCACAGUUCGCUGAAGGUUGAGCUGAAUGAAGACUCUCCGGUGGGCCACCGAGUUGUCAAAGUGCACGCUUUUGACCCGGACGACGGUGUGAACGGCGAGGUGAUGUACGCGCUCGCUGACGGGUCAUCGCCAGAAGUCGGACGCCUUUUCCACGUCGACCCUUAUUCCGGGGACGUGACCUUGAAGGCGCUGGUGGAUUUUGAGAAAAGGAGGUCGUACGAGCUGAGCAUCAGAGCCUCGGACUCGGGCGCCAACUCCGUCCCGUCCACCUGCAAAGUUGUGAUCGACGUCGUGGACGUGAACGACAACGCGCCCGAAAUCAGCAUCAAACCCAUGACCUCCAGCAGUGACGGCGUCGCCUACAUCACAGAGGCUGCGGCCGCGGAGAGCUUCGUGGCUCUGAUCAGCACCUCGGACAGGGACUCCGGCUCCAACGGGUACGUGCGCAUCAGCCUGCUCGGGCACGAGCAUUUCACCCUCCAGCAGGCAUAUGGGGACUCUUUCAUGAUUACAACCAGCACUACUUUAGACAGAGAGAAGAUCCCUGAGUAUAACCUGACCGUGGUUGCAGAAGAUCUGGGAAGCCCACCCUUCAAAACAGUGAGACAGUACACCAUCCGCGUGACAGAUGAGAACGACAACCCCCCUCUCUUCAGUAAGUCACUUUAUGAAGUUUCAGUCCUGGAAAAUAACAUCCCAGGUUCAUAUGUAACCACCGUCGUCGCCCGGGAUCCAGAUGUGGGAAAGAACGCCAAGGUCUCUUACAAAGUGAUAGAUUCAGAGGUGCCAGGAGGUUCUCCGGUGUCCACGUAUGUUUCUGUGGACUCACACUCAGGUUCUUUGUACACCUUGAGGUCUUUUGAUUAUGAGACCCUCGAGCAGAUCGAGCUGGUCAUCCAAGCUGAAGACAGAGGCUCCCCCUCCCUGUCGAGCACGUCGACAAUCAGGAUCAGAGUUGUGGAUCAGAAUGACAACUAUCCAUACUUCACCUUCCCUGUCCUUCUGAAUGACUCGGCUGAUAUCCCCCUGCCUUUCAACGCCCCCGCCGGCUACCUUGCCCUUCGCGUCUCAGCUGAAGAUGAGGACGAGGGAGUGAACGGCGAGCUCUCCUACCACAUUGUACAGGGUGACCCAAAGCUUUUCGCAAUGAACAAAGACACGGGGGAGAUUGCUUUAAAACAGUGGCUGACAGCCGAAAUUGGGGAUGUUCUGGAAAUGAAAAUUGCAGUGAGUGACAAUGGCAGGUCGCCGCUCUCCAGCUCCGCCACCCUUAGGUUUGUCGUCUCGGACGCAGAGCCCUCUGAAGACCAAGUCGUCAUCGUGUUGCGGUCGAGCGAUGAAGAAGGCCUCAGCUUGGACGGCUCACUAAUUGUCAUCAUCAUGCUCAGUGGGGGUUGUGCGUUGCUGCUGAUUGCAAUAGUGGUGGUCGUGAUCACAUGCAAACUCAGCCGCAGGGGGAGAAACCGCGGCGCCAAGAGAGACGUGUGUCACAGUCUGUUUGACGGCAGGCCCAUGCCCAUACCGGGCUCAGCACAACCAAACAUAUACUCCGGCCAGCGGGGCUUCUUCCACGAGAGGACCUCCUCAUCUCUGGAUGACUCCUGCCUGUAUGAGGAGAGGAGCGGGGACUCGGAGACAAAGAUGUUCUUGCCCUCCAAGCAUUUCCAAGCAACAUCUGUGUGGCAAGGUGACAAAUACUGCUUGCAAGUGAGUGGCAUUGGCAACACCGACCAGCUGAGCGUGAAGGACAGCGGCAAAGGGGACAGCGACUUUAAUGACAGCGAUUCUGAUAUCAGUGGCGACGGAGGCAAGAAGAACUUCAUCACCUUCCAUCCAAGGCUAAAAAGUUCAUCCAGCGCUGCUAACAGCUUGUCCGGGGACUGCCAAAGCACCUACUGCGCAGUACCACCACAGAGCUUCCGAGCCCCCAGAGACAAUGCAUACACAAUUGGCUUCUCCCCCGUGCCAGUCUUUAGCAACCCUCACGGGUACCCCCACUCUUGGAAGGAUUCUGGUUAUGGCACAAAUCGGCCAAAAUCGAGGAGCAGCAUGCAGACCUUCUCCAGGACCGGGACCCUCCCUUCUUACUUUCCUCAGCAGCAGCAGCGCGAGGCUGCUGUCGGAGACGCUGAAAUCCGCAAACAGAGUCCAAAUAUUGUAACUGUGGCUACGGCACUAGAGGUUGCAACUAUCUUUUAA